AAACAAAUGUUUUUUUAAUUGAAUGUUCAUCCAAACAAAACCUUAUCGACACUUUGUUAAAUUUCCCAAUUUGCUAUGACCCCAAAAAAAUCUUAAACCGAACCCUACGACACCGUAUUCGUCAGUCUCCCUAAUUGUCCCCGCCGAUUCCCAAAACUCCACCGACGACCACCGUAGCUUUUUCUCUCCGGUCGUUCUUCCGUCGAUCUCUUCUCCGGAGAUCUUCUUCUCCGUGCACCAUUCAUCUCUAUCUCACUCGCUCCAUAUAUACACACAAAUACAUACAUACAUAUAUUAUCUCCCUAUGGGUGUCUGAUACCAUUGGCAAUUUCCUCGACUUGCUCUUUUUGCUGAGAAAGAAAUACGGCAGUGGAGAAAACAGGUCGAUUAAAUACGGAAAGCAGUACAAAGCAUCUAGAAAAGGAACUGUAAUGGUAACUGAAUCGCAAAAGACUACCACAGUCGUUGAUUGAUUGAAUUAGUCAAGGUGCUCACAAGCUAGCUAGACGAUAUGGUAAGAGGUAUGUCAUAAGCAGUAAUGGUGGACUACUAUGCAACUAACCCUGGACCAGUUGAGGAUAUUGUGCUGUACGAUCAAGAUAAACAUGUAUCAUCUGCUGUUUGGGAGGGGCAGGAGCGUGGUGCUCUUAGGUGCCAUGAGCACACAUCAAAGCUCGAUCAGUGGAUGCUCACAGAGAAACAGGUUGAGUUGGUUAAAAUGGCUGGAUUUGGCUAUUUGAGAAUGAUACCGGCAAUCAGUUUGGAUAACCCACUCAUAUCUUCCCUAGUUGAGAGAUGGAGAAGAGAAACAAACACAUUCCAUUUCACUGUUGGGGAAAUGACUGUUACCCUUGAGGAUGUCGCGUACUUGCUUGGGCUACCAGUUGAUGGUGAGGCUGUUAUAGGUGUGACAUAUACUUCAUGUGAAGCAGUCUGUAUCAAAUUGUUGGGGAAAGCACCUGACUCUGGAUAUACGAGUGGUGGGAUGGUGAAGCUUAGUUGGUUAAAAGAGACCUUCUCCCAGUGUCCGGAGGAUGCUUCCAUGGAGGAUAUUGCUCGUUGUACACGUGCUUAUCUUCUUUACCUGGUUGGUAGCACCAUCUUUUCAACUACAACUGGCAAUAAAGUACCUGUCAUGUACCUUCCACUGUUCGAAAAUUUUGAUGAAGCUGGCAAGUAUGCUUGGGGUGCUGCAGCAUUAUCCUUCUUGUACAGAGCACUCGGCAAUGCUUCCCUUAGGUCCCAAAGCACAAUUAGUGGCUGUUUGACAUUAUUACAGUGCUGGAGUUACUACCACCUCAAUGUUGGUCGGCCAAAGCUUAAUCAUGAUCCAAUCCAUGAGUGUUUCCCAUUUGUGCUUAGGUGGAAAGGUAAACAAAGCAGUCCAACGUCAAACCGUGAUGUGGCAUUCUACCGAAAAUCAUUGGACUCUAUGAAGCCAUCUGAUGUUGACUGGUGUCCUUACUCAAACAUUAGUCAUACCGUCAUACCAGAACAUAUAUUGCGCAGCCUCAUUCUGGGGAGAUCAAAGACCAUGUUGAUAUGUUAUGACAAGGCAGAAAGACACCUUCCAGAUCGUUGCCUACGGCAAUUUGGCAUGCAUCAGACUGUUCCCGAAGAGGUACAGAAAUGGGAGAGGAAGAGUCGAGGAGUUGAUGGUGGUGUAGAUCUCUCAACAAAAAUGGAAUCAGAGCUUAAUGAAUGGUCAAAUCGACAUCUCUACAUUGUGGAGGCAGAGGAAGAUGUUGAGGAAAGUGAAUACAUGCAGUGGUAUAUGAGAAUUACAAGGAAGUUGGUUGGGAGGCCUGUACCUAUCUCAUCUGAGUUUCAACGGAUGAAUGCUGCACUGAGAGAGAUUGCCCAUAUAGCAGAAACCAUUUCAACUCAUGGGUUGGAUGAUCAACAGUUACAAUCUGUCACAAGAAUCCGAUAUAUUACUUAUGAAUGCCUGAGGGAUCAGAUUGCAAGUACAGUAUUUGUUGCAUCAAACUCACAAAGUGAAGCUGGAAAGAAAGUACGUGGAAAGGAGAGAGUAAGAAGGAAGGGGAUGGGCAAACGUAAGCGUAAAGAAGAGGUAGACCAAUAUUAUGCAGCAGGGAUACCCAUGCAACAUCGGAUACCUGCUACAGCUUUUGAUGUUGAUCCUUCUCACCUAUAUCACAUCGGCAAUGAGAUGGACAAUCCUCAUUUGUGCAUUACAGUAAGUGAAGAUGAUCAUGGUCGGAUAUCUCACGUAGCUCAAAGUGUCGAUGAUAUUGAUUUCUGUGAAGAUGCUAAGGAAGUUGAUGAAUCACACUUCCAUCAUCUAGUUGGAGAACAAGAUGACCAUCUCUCCAGUGAAGUAGCAGAAGAUAAACCUCAUGCUUCAUUGGAUAUCGUGGUUCCUCAGGUCUCCCAUGAAACUAGAGAGGAUGUUGCACAGCAGAACGAUUAUGGGGUUCUUGUUUAGACCAGUAAAGAUGAAAUUUAUGGCUUGCACAAUUUUCAGUUCAUUUGGAGAUGUUUUUCUCCUCUGUCCUAAUUGAGGAGAAAGAAAAUUAUGCAACAAUACUUUGAGCCCCGUUUGAAUUGACUUAAAAAGUGUAACUUUUAAAAAGUUAACUUUUUAAAGUGUUUGAAAUUUAUUUUGCAGUUGAAAAAAAA